UACGGCUUCAAGUUGUCCCCUUCACUGCCCAUCCACUUUCAAUUCUAUCUUCCAUUUCAUCCCACGCUUCGCCUUUUCAUUCGCCUUUUCAUCUUUUUUUCGUUAAAUUAAUUGUUCCACUUUCACUCAUCACUUCCUUUAGUGGCAAAAACAGUUCAUUCAAUUUCUUCUUCACUUACUCUCUGCAAGACACGUAGAAGAUCAGUGCAUUGCUUCUUAAUUUUUCUUUUGCAUUUCUCUCGGAUUUCUUCACUAGGGUUUUGCUUGAAGCGAUUGGAGUGGUUUGAUUUUCCAGUUUUGGAGGUUUUUGAGCUCUAAUGGCUCUCUGUACGCUAACGUUUCCUGCUCAUGUCGGCCGAGUUGCAGCGAAAGAACACGAUGGUUCUCGGUUCUUAUCGGGGACGGAUCUGGUCUUCCGCUUUCAGAAAAGAGUCAAUCAGGUCAAGAAAAGGCCAGCUGGGAUCUGUGCAUCACUUUCAGAGACGGGGGAGUAUCCUUCUCAGAGGCCACCAACUCCUAUUUUGGACACAAUAAACUAUCCAAUUCAUAUGAAAAAUCUAUCCAUCAAGGAGCUUUAUCAACUAGCUGAUGAAGUAAGAUCUGAUGUGAUCUUCAACGUUUCUAAAACUGGCGGUCACUUGGGUUCUAGCCUUGGCGUGGUGGAGCUCACGGUAGCUCUUCACUAUGUCUUCAAUGCCCCACAGGACAGGAUUUUGUGGGACGUUGGUCAUCAGUCGUAUCCACAUAAAAUUCUUACUGGAAGGAGGGAUAAGAUGUCUACUAUUAGACAGACAAACGGGUUGUCAGGUUUCACGAAGCGGUCGGAGAGUGAAUUCGAUUGCUUUGGCGCAGGACACAGCUCUACCACCAUCUCAGCAGGCUUAGGAAUGGCUGUGGGAAGGGAUCUCAAGGGAAGAAAGAACAAUGUAGUUGCAGUUAUAGGUGAUGGUGCCAUGACUGCAGGGCAAGCUUAUGAAGCCAUGAACAAUGCAGGCUACCUCGACUCCGACAUGAUUGUUAUUCUUAAUGACAACAAACAAGUCUCUUUACCGACUGCAACUCUCGACGGGCCGGUACCGCCCGUCGGAGCUUUGAGCAGUGCUCUCAGCAGGCUGCAGUCAAACAGGCCUCUCAGAGAAUUGAGAGAGGUAGCCAAGGGUGUCACGAAACAAAUUGGUGGCCCAAUGCAUGAAUUAGCAGCAAAAGUUGAUGAAUAUGCUCGUGGGAUGAUCAGUGGUUCUGGCUCAACGUUGUUUGAAGAGCUUGGGCUCUAUUAUAUCGGCCCUGUUGAUGGUCAUAACAUGGAUGAUCUUGUUUCCAUUCUCAAGGAAGUUAAGAGUACUAAAACCACCGGUCCAGUCCUCAUCCAUGUUGUCACUGAGAAAGGACGAGGCUAUCCAUAUGCUGAAAAAGCUGCUGAUAAGUACCAUGGAGUCACAAAGUUCGAUCCAGCAACUGGGAAACAGCAGAAAUCGAAGGCUGCGACGCAGUCGUAUACGACGUACUUCGCAGAAGCAUUGAUAGCAGAAGCUGAAAAUGACAAAGAUAUUAUUGCAAUCCAUGCUGCAAUGGGAGGAGGCACAGGUUUAAAUCUCUUCCAAAGACGUUUUCCCACAAGAUGCUUUGAUGUUGGUAUUGCUGAACAGCAUGCUGUUACAUUUGCUGCUGGUCUAGCCUGUGAAGGCCUUAAACCGUUCUGUGCGAUCUAUUCGUCGUUCAUGCAACGAGCGUACGACCAGGUUGUUCAUGAUGUUGAUUUGCAAAAGUUGCCUGUUAGAUUUGCAAUGGAUAGAGCAGGCUUGGUUGGAGCCGAUGGCCCGACUCAUUGUGGUUCGUUCGAUGUUACAUUUAUGGCCUGCCUGCCUAACAUGGUGGUGAUGGCCCCGUCGGAUGAGGCCGAGCUCUUUAACAUGGUCGCUACAGCUGCAGCCAUAGAUGACCGACCUAGUUGUUUGCGGUAUCCACGAGGUAAUGGUAUUGGCGUCGAGCUGCCACCAGGGAAUAAAGGCAUUCCUAUUGAGGUUGGGAAAGGAAGGAUUUUACUAGAAGGGGAAAGAGUGGCUCUGUUGGGCUACGGAACAGCAGUUCAAAACUGUUUGGCUGCUGCAUCGAUGCUCGAACGCCAUGGCUUACAAAUAACCGUAGCAGACGGACGUUUCUGCAAGCCACUCGACCGAGCCCUUAUCCGAAAUCUCGCUAAAUCGCACGAGAUUUUAAUCACAGUGGAAGAAGGAUCCAUAGGGGGAUUCGGCUCUCAUGUCAUCCAGUUCCUGGCACUCGAUGGCCUCCUUGAUGGCACCUUGAAGUGGAGACCACUAGUCCUCCCCGACCGAUACAUCGACCACGGAUCACCAGCCGAUCAACUGGCUGAAGCAGGCCUUACUCCAUCUCAUAUUGCUGCUACCGUAUUCAAUAUGCUUGGACAAACCAGGGAAGCUCUUGAGAUCAUGUCAUAGAAGAGAACUUUACGAUGAGUCGUGGCGCUCCCACUUCGAUGUAAUGUACAAAUCCGAAAAUCACAUAUCUAGUUCGGUCAUAUUUACAUAUAUGUUUAACUAUACAUUAUCAGUCUAGGCUAUAUAAACAAAUACUUCUUAUACAAGGCUAGAAGGCUUAUGCUUCAAUGCAAGAUUCUUAACUUUCCUGCUGA